GUCCUGUUUGACAGGAACAACAAACACACACUCAUGCUGAAACCGUUCAUUCAUAAUAAAGAGAACCUAAAAAACAUAAAAAGAUAACGGAUUAUUAUUCGAACCAGAAACAAAUUUGAAAAAAAUAGAAUUAUCAUGAAAGGUGGGGGUGGAAUUAUAGUAAGAGUAGCAGUCAAGAGAAACUGUUGUUGGUUUAUUAUUUUUGUUUUAAGAUUAUUAAUAUUCUUACUAUUGUUUUCUUUUGUCCUCGAUUCUUUUGUUCUUCUUCAUUGUUCUUCUAUUCAAUCCUCGUUGCACACAACUUUUAUAAUUUUCUCUUCCUUUAUUUAUAGUUUUAAUUAUUUUCAUCCCUUAUGACUUUUCAUUCCUUCACAAUUACGUAAUUUGGUUUGAUCGAGAGAGAGAAAGACAUAAAGGAAUUGGAGGAAGAACAAAAAUUGAUUUUCCUAGGGAACCCUAAUUUCGGGUGCUUGUUCUUUUGGAGAUUCUGUAAUUUCUAGGGUUUUGUGAAGCGGGGGCAGGAAAGUCUCGAUCUUUGAUCCAUUUUCGCCAAUGGAGGACGAGGGUUGUUUAGAGGGAGAGAAUAAUCGGAAAAGGGGUGGCAUAGAUGAUGAUAGUAAUGAGAAUAACAACAACAACAACAAUGGAAGCAGUAUCAAGAUUGUGAAUUCUAAUGAGGAGCAGAGCAAGCCCAAGCGCCAUAUGAAAACCCCUUUUCAACUUGAGACCCUCGAGAAAGCUUAUGCUGUGGAUAAUUACCCUUCGGAAACUAUGAGGGCAGAGUUAUUUGAGAAAUUGGGGUUGUCAGAUCGACAGCUUCAGAUGUGGUUCUGCCAUCGAAGAUUGAAGGAUAGGAAGGAAUUGCCAACCAAGAAACCGCCACCACUGCGGAAGCUGCCAGUAGAGCCUUUGCCAGAUUCUCCAACACAUGACCCCAGGUUGGGCCCUGAGCCUGGUAAUGAGUAUGGAUCUGGGUCAGAUUCAAGGUCUAGCCUAUAUACUCGAGUGGAGCCCUUGAAUGUGGUUUCCCGGGGUGUGAAUGGUUAUUAUGAGUCCCCACACACUAUGAUGGAGCUUAGAGCAAUUGCUUAUGUUGAGGCACAGUUAGGGGAGCCAUUGAGGGAAGAUGGUCCAAUUCUAGGAGUGGAGUUUGAUCCAUUGCCACUAGAUGCCUUUGGGGCACCUUUAGCAGUUACAGAACAGCAGAAGCCACCUAGUUUUGUCUAUGACAAUAAAAUACAUGAAAGACGUGAUGUUAAAACAAAUAAGGCUAUGGCAAGGACAUCUCGUGACCAUCAAUUUCUACCAAAACAAUCUAGCAUCAGGUCUGAUGCUUUUGGACAUUGCAACCAAUCUCAUUUACAUGAUCCAAUGGAAGGUUCUACUAGAAAUCCUCCUUUUGUGCAUGGAAAUGAGCAUAUACCUAAAUUUCAUGCAACUCAAGGCCAUUCUUCUCGUGCUCGUCUUUUGUCCCAACAAGACAAGCAAUUGAUUCCCCAUCAAUCUCCUUCUCAGGAUAAUGAUGUUGCGGCCCAAAGGGAAAUGUACCAAAAUAGAGCUAAUGUCGGAAUGCACUCUCACUUUACUAAUCGCCAAAUUGUUGAGCCAGAAAAUCUCAAUGCUCUACCAAGUGGACAAGUUUUGCACAACAGUGCAAUGCGGAUUGAAAAGAAACGAAAGAGUGGUGAUGCUCGGGAUGUUGAAGCCCACGAGAUGAAAAUCCGGAAAGAGCUUGAGAAACAAGAUAACCUUAGACGAAAGAUUGAAGAGCGAACAAGAAAAGAAAUGGAGAGAAAAGAUCUUGAAAGAAGGAAGGAAGAAGAGAGGUUGAUGCGGGAGAGAUUGCGAGAGGAGGAAAAAGCAAGACGUGAAAUUGAGAAAAGGGAAAAGGUUUUGCUGAAAGAAAAUUUAAAAGCAGAGAAAAUGAGGCAAAGAGAACAGCUUCGCAAAGAGAAAGAAGAAGAGAGAAGGAAAACUGCUCUUGAGAAGGCAACUGCUCGUAGAAUAGCUAGGGAAUCUAUAGAACUUUUUGAGGAUGAACAGCUAGAAAUGAUGGAGUUGGCUGCCUCAAGCAAGGGGAUUUCUUCUAUUAUCCAUCUUGAUUUUGAUACUCUGCAACACCUCGAAUCAUUUAGGGAUUCUUUGAGUGUUUUCCCGCCAGAGAGUGUAAUGCUAAGAAAACCAUUUGCAAUCAAACCCUGGAUCAACUCAGAAAAAAAUGUCGGCAAUCUUUUCAUGGUUUGGAGAUUUUUGAUUACUUUUGCUGAUGUUCUGGAAUUGUGGCCUUUUACUAUAGAUGAGUUUGUUCAAGCAUUUCACGACUAUGAUUCAAGAUUGUUAGGUGAGAUACAUGUUGCUCUUCUCAAGGUGAUAAUAAAAGACAUUCAAGAUGUUGCAAGGACGCCUUCUACAAGAUUAGGAAUGAAUCAGAAUGGUGCUACUAACUUUGGAGGUGGCCAUCCAAAGAUUGUGGAAGGCGCAUAUGCAUGGGGUUUUGACAUACGAAAUUGGCAUAAGCAUUUAAAUCUAUUGACCUGGCCAGAAAUUUUUCGACAGUUAGCAUUAUCUACCGGAUAUGGACCACAGUUGAAGAAAAAAAGUAUUACCUGGUCUUAUGCAAAUGGUAGAGACGAGGGCAGGAAUUGUGAAGAUAUCAUAUCUACACUUCGUAAUGGUUCAGCUGCUGAAAAUGCUUUUGCAAAAAUGCAUGAGAAAGGUCUGUUAGCCCCUCGAAGAUCUAGACAUCGAUUAACUCCUGGUACAGUUAAGUUUGCAGCAUUUCAUGUUCUCUCACUUGAGGAUAAAAAGGGAUUGACAAUACUAGAGCUUGCUGAAAAAAUUCAGAUAUCUGGUCUUCGAGAUCUGACAACCAGCAAGACACCUGAGGCAUCAAUUUCUGUUGCUUUAUCAAGAGAUGUCAAGCUUUUUAAAAGAAUAGCUCCAUCAACAUAUUGUUUACGUAAAGCCUUUAGAAAAGAUCCUGCUGAUGCCGAGUCCAUUCUUUCAGAAGCAAGGAAGAAAAUUCAAAUUUAUGAAAAUGGGUUUCUAGCUGGGGAGGAUGCUGAUGAUGUUGAAAGAGAAGAGUCAGAAAGUGAUGAAAUUGAUGAGGAUCCUGAAGUUGAUUUAAGUCUGUCAAGUGCUAACAAAACAUCUGAACAAUGUGACAAUUUAACUUCAAAUGGAAAAGAAAAUUUGGAUCAUGAUGUUGAACUUCAAAGUGAGUUUGACAAGGAUCUACCUUAUCUUCCUAAGAAUGGUUCCAAAAAUGCUGAUGCUCCAAUUGCCGUCACUAGACAACCUGGUGCUUGUGAAGAUCUUAAUGUUGGAAAUCUUGGUGAAGAUAAUAUGGAAAUUGAUGAAAGCAAGCCUGGAGAGUCAUGGGUUCAAGGGCUUGCGGAAGGAGAAUAUUCUGAUCUUAGUGUAGAAGAGCGUCUAAAUGCCCUUGUUGUGUUGGUUGAUGUGGCAAAUGAAGGGAGUUCAAUCCGUGUUGUUCUCGAGGAACGUUUAGAAGCAGCAAAUGCUCUGAAGAAACAAAUGUGGGCAGAAGCACAACUAGAUAAACUUUGUCUAAGAGAUGAUGUUUUCUUUAAAUCAGAUUUUCCAUGUAUCAAUGGGAAUAAAGUUGAAAUACAAAACUCUUGUCCUACCUUGGAGGGCAACCAAAGCCCAUUGCUUGGAAUUAAUAUUAGCAACAAUAAUAAAUACGUGCCCUCUCCCAGCUUUGCUGAAAAUCAAAAGGCAGCUUCUAGUAUACAGAGCCUGUCUAUUGAAAAGCACUCUUCACUCCAAGAUCUCUACACUAGUUCAGAUAUCCAUCACACUCAGUCAUUUGCACAAUAUUCAAAAAGGUCACGUUCUCAGUUGAAAUCUUAUAUUUCCCACAUAGCAGAGGAGAUGUAUGUCUAUAGAUCCUUACCCCUUGGGCAAGAUCGCAGACAUAACCGUUAUUGGCAAUUUGUUGCAUCAGCUUCUUCCAACGAUCCUGGCUCUGGCAGAAUUUUUGUUGAAUACCAUGAUGGCAAUUGGAGGCUUAUUGAUACUGAGGAGGCCUUUGAUGUGCUUCUGAAUUCACUUGAUUCACGCGGGAUCAGGGAAUCUCAUUUGCGUCUAAUGUUGCAAAAGGUCGAGACUUCCUUUAAACAAAAUGUUUGCAAGAAUACACAAUGUUCCAAAAUCAGAGGUGAAACAUCUGUUAAAAAUGAAGUUGAUGAAACAGAUUCCAGUUCCGAUGGCCACACUGAAUCUGACAGUCCUAGCAGUACCCUUUGUGGAUUGAACUUUGACACUUUAGAAACUUCAUCAUCCUUCAAAAUCGAGCUUGGGAAAAGCGAGAGUGAGAAGAAAUCUGCCUUGAGAAGGUACCAAGAUUUUCAAAAGUGGAUGUGGAAAGAAUGCUAUAGCUCAUCAAUAUUGUGUGCAAUGAAAUAUGGGAAAAAGAGAUGCAAACCUCAGGUUGUCAUCUGUGAUAUUUGUCUCAACCCUUAUUUCUUUGAAGACUCCCAUUGUAGUUGUUGCCACCGGUCUUUUCCCUCAAAUAAUGGAUUUAAUUUUUCUAAACAUGCAUUUCAAUGUGGAGACAAAUUUUCAAAAGAUGUUUUUGUUUUGGAUUAUUCUCUUCCUUUGCAGACAAGAUUACUCAAGGCUCUGCUAGCUUUUAUUGAGGUAUCUGUUCCACCUGAAGCAUUUCAAUCAAAUUGGACAGAAGAUAUUAGGAGGCCUUGGAGUGUGAAGUUGAGCAAAUCAUCUUCUGUUGAGGAAUUGCUACAGAUAUUUACACUACUUGAGAGAGCAUUGAAGCGAAACUUUUUAUCAUCAACCUUCUCUACAACAGGGGAACAGUUGGGGUUGAACUCUAUGUCAAAGAGUGUUGCACAGACCUCUACCGAUCCUGAAUCAAUUGUUGUACUUCCAUGGGUUCCACUGACCACUUCAGCCGUGUCUCUCAGACUUUUUGAGUUUGAUGCAUCCAUUGUCUACGUACUACGUGAGAGACCUGAGCCUUGUGAGAAGAAAGAUGAUAGAGAAUACACAAAGCUUCCUUCAAGAUAUAAUCCAUCUAAAUCUAGAAAAGUGGUUGGACGAGCAGACUUGGACAAUGAUGAAUUCAUGAAAGUUAGAUCUGCUCCUGUGAAAAUUGUGCAAAGUAACAAUAAACAAGGAGAACAAGGGAGUUGUGAUAAAGGACGGGGUAAAAAGUUGUCAAAAAGAAAACAAGAUAGUGGCCAUCGUAAUGCUAAGGUUGCUAGAAGCCUAAAUCAAAGAAUAAAACAGCAGAGAACAGGAUCAGAAGGACAAGUUGGUGGACGUGGUCGCCAAACAGUCAAGAAAAGAAGGGCUAGGGAGAGGGCUACUGAAGACUUGUUGCUGGGCCAUAAGGGUGCCAAUCGUAGCUCUAGUAUUGGUAGAGAAUCAUUGAGAAGCUUGGAUGAGGAUUUGAAUGAUGAUAAGGCAAGUCCCAUGACUCCCAUCCACAUGGGGGCUGCUAACAUCAGUAACAACACCGAAGAGGUUGAAUCUGAUGACAAUGUCCAAGCAAUGGAAUCUGAUGACAAUGGUCAAGCUGUGGAAUAUGAUCAAGGCAACUGGGAAAUAGGUUAUAAUGGCACUCCCAGCAGAUGGAGUAGGGAUUUAGUUGGAAUGAGUGAUGAAGAUGUGGAAGCUUCUGAAGAUGACAAUGACAACAACAACGGGAAUAGUAAUGAGAUUGGCAUUGAAGAGGAGGAUUCAGAGGCAGAUGUUAUGAGCGAGGGUUCAGAUGGUACAGCAAAUAGAAUUGUGAAUCAAGAAAUCUCUAACUCGGAUGUCUCUGAAGAUUCUUCUUAUUAAAACUUUCAUUUUUAAGGCUGCAUUACAUUUUUUCUGUAUUGCAGCUUUAAAAGGUACAUUAUCUCUUAGUCAUGUCACGGCUUCUCAGUUUUAUGGUUGACUAGACUAAUGGUGUACAAUAGAUAUAAACCCGCCAUUGCGUAGAUUCUUAAUUUUCUUAUAUAUAGAAAAAUCAAUAUUAUUAUACAAUCAA